AUGCAGCUCACCAGGGCUCGAGGCAGGCCACCCAAAGCGGGCGCACAGCGGGCAAGGAUAUGCAGCACGCGAAUCUGCCCUGGUCAGAUCGCAGCGCCCCUUGAAGCAGCAGCCGAUGGGCGGUCUCAAGAGAGGCGCACGGAUCAGCGCCCUCGCGACGACGGGCUCAGAGCCCACUGCGCACCGUCGCGGCGUCAGAUGGCGGUCACGGCUCCGAGGGUCAGCGCAGGCCAGCGCAGGCCUCACUUGCGUCCCUUUUCGAUCGGCAGCCGUUUAGCAGGGACUCUCGCAUCGCGAGUCCGCACGAAUGGGGGCGUCGCGGCGACGACACGAGAUUCCGCCAAACCCCAACGGGAACCGCCCCGGCUAUCUGGAACGAAUUAUCGCCGUGGCAUUCAAUCGAGAUUUCAACCGAGCGUCCUCUGCAGCGACCCCGGCAGCCACCCACGUUCGCCUGCCACCCUGCCACCCACCCGCUUGGCGAAACAGCCAGAGACGGUUAUUGCCAGAAGCCAGAAGGUCUCACGGGCGCCACAUUGGGACACCAGUGCGCUUGUGUUCACAUGCAACCGCAGGCAACCGCAGGACGUCGCUACCGACGACUCCAUGGCUUUGCGGCGUCGCAGUUGGGCAGCAAUAUAUCACCUCACCCUAGCCGCUGUCGGGAACACCCAUUUUCGCAGGGGCAGCACAGCCAUCUGA